AUGAACUCCGAGCAGCUUGUUGAUUUUCUGGCAAACUUGGAGAAUGGAUGCCCUAAAAUCGAUUCGAGCAAGGAUUUGGGCGAUGAAGCGAUAGCGAUUCGCCGAUUUCUCAGCAAGAUGUCUGCAAACACGCUUCUCUGCUUUCAAUAUUUCAACGUCAACUACACCGACGUGGAUCUAACGCUACCCGUGCUUGACCAACUAAUGUCAAUCUACAUGAAAGGAGGCGCCUUACGCCAAUAUGCGCUGCAAUUUCUACCGAAUUUUGUGGCCACCUACCUGUUGGCGGUGACCAAGCGUCAACACAAGAGCGCCGGGAUGUUUGAAGCCUUGUUUUUGCGCAUCUACAAUGAGGAGAUCAACAAAAGCGCCGAUGGGAGGGAAUCGUUUGAUAAGCGGACAGAAGAGGUUCGUAUUCCCACAGUCCGAUGUCGCUCAAUCUACCACGACCCGAUGAAAAUAAAUAGUCUACCUGAGAUUUCUACCCUUUCUUUAGAUGGUGGUGUUGGUUUGCAGGCUGUCCUUCGGAUAGGGCCCUUCCCGACGAUCGAACAUUUUAACAACGAGACGAAAUAUAUGAUUCUUUCGAGGGUUCUAAACAUUGUAAAUUCUUCGUUGUGCUCACUGUCGGAGCCAGUCUGCCGCGCAAUGUGUCUCUCAACUCUGAGCAUCUGCCAUAGCGGGUUUUCCUUUGCGGAAUCGAAUCUUCGGUCCCGGAUCCUCGGGCGAGACGCUAACCAAGAAGUGCUCGACAAUUUCAGCAAGCGACAGCGUCAACAUGUCACCUCAACGCUGCUGAUGGAGCUCUUUACCGGAUGUUAUAUAGCACUGUACAAUGGGAUGCCGGACCUCGCGCUACGUGCCAUUGAUUCCUUGCACCAACGGGCUCGGUAUGAAAUGUUUUCGGACGUUUUGCUCGUGACGAAUGCCACACGCAACACCCUGCUAGAGAAUCCGCUCUCGAAGGACCGAAAUCAUGAAGAGCUGAUGUGGCGAUACCAGCACGCUAAGAACCACCGUGCAAAAGAUUGUGUCACCAAUGCUUCGUUACGAAUUAAAAAGAUGCCAGAGGACAUUCCGAUCCAAGAGGAGCCACGAGAAAAGGGCAAAGGCGAAAAGAUCAUGGAUGACCUUAUCGAGGACAUAGCUGGAGGUGUUGAUCACAUCAAGAAGAAAAUGCAUCAAUUGUCGCAUCACCGAAAGAAGCACGGGAAUAAAAAGGAGGGAAGGGAGGGCUCUUCACACAAGGCACACAAAGACAAGGGAAUCGAUGUUGAUGAACUGGAAUUGUCGACGAUUCGGGAGGAGAAGGGAGGAGACGCGUCUCUGACCAGCCAAUCACCACCCUCUUUUGAGAGGCCGAAGCGCAUAGAGGGCGAGCCAAUGGAAAUCGAAUACGAGUCGAAGAAAAAUGGCUCGCAUCACGAUACUGGAGACGGUAGUGACGUUGGCGAAUUUUCAAGGAGCAGAGAACAUUCCAGUGGAACGGAACGAGGCACAUUCUCGGUCGGCAGCUUUCGCCACAUGGACAGCGGGAGCGGGACGGAAAGAAGCGUAGAUUACCCA